UAAAAAUAAAAACAAAGACAACCUUAAAUCUAUUUUUGGACUAGAUGAUCUUUGUAGUAUCUAGUGGUCUUUCUGGGGUUGAGAAGUCUUUUUGGAGUCUUAGCUAGGCUACUUUAUCUGAGAUAAAUUUAGUCGAUAGCUUUGGAGCUAUAUAGAAAUAUAUACUGACGGGAAUGUCCACCGUAUGACGUCAUCGCGUUAUGUUAUGUCACAGCUGGGUUUGACGCCUGCUUGCAUUUGCCACUUCCGGUUGCUGUCAAAAUGCUGAGAAACCGUGGCCUCUCCUUCCAUGGACUUCCAAGAAACAACCCUGAGUGGAAAUCAGAAUUAUUACGCAUCAUAAAAUCAACUAGGGAGGAUCGUGUGAACAUCGACAGACUAACCAUUUGCUCAAGACAUUUUGAAGAUGAGUGCUUUUUUACCGCUACUACCUGCAGUACUGGAAAAAUAAGAAGACAGUUAAAACCUGGAAGUUUACCCACUCUUCAUCUGCCUCAAAAGACUAUAAUAACACCAAAAUUACCUGCCAGGAAACCACCCAAAUCAAGAAUUUCAUCUUCCGUCUUGUCUUGUGGUAGUUCUACUGGUCCAUCUUUCCCAUUUGAUGCAUUGAAAGAAUCUACUAAAUAUAAAAUUCCAAAUGGAUGGUGCUGCGAUUCAUCUGAUCCUGAUAAGAUUAUCCUUGUAAGAUUAGGAGGCUGUCAAAUUGUUGCCAGUGUAUAUAAAUCGAUGAGUUUCACAGUACAUCUUAAUGAUUAUCUUAUACCAAAUACUUUUAUAGUUUCAACUAGUUCCAUAACAUCAAUUAUUAAUUAUAUAGAAACUCUACAUUUUUGUACGGGAAUAACAUCUCCUGAACUUCAGACAUAUUCUGAACUCCAGUCAGAAACAUCUAAUCAUUUUCGUCAGUUAUUAAUGAAUUCAACAUCUGAAAGUAGUAUCAAUUAUGCAAGUUCUGUCCGCUCUAAACAAUGUUUAGGAAUCAUCUCCAAUCAUAAUAAUAAAAUACCUAGUACUUUUCUUUGUACAAACUGUCGACAGGUCAAGCGAAAUAUAGUAAGACGACAUAAGCGUGUGAUUGGAACCCGCUCAUUUAAAAUAGUUUCAUCCAAAACACCACUUCAACGUGUCAGUAAGGGAAUACUGACUAGAGCGCUUAAAGAAUCGCGAAAACAAUUAAAGAAAGUUAGUAAACAUCUAAAAUCAAUUAAAAAAACAACUUGCCAAGGAAUGUAUUCCCAUUGAAAGAGACAUGCACAAAUCUCUGUUCAAUGUAAUGGAUAGCAGCUCUGUCACAGAUCCUUUUGUAAAGCCUUUUUGGAAUGAACAGAAAAGCGCCUUUUCUAAGAAAAACAGAGAUCACAGCUGGCACCCAAUGAUGAUCAGACUGGCCAUUCUUCUACAUUCUCAAAGUUCAUAUACCUAUAGGUCUUUACGAGAGUGUGGAAUUUUAAGACUUCCAGGGGAAUCAACUCUUCGUGAUUUUACAAACUUUAUUAAACCUCAACCAGGAUUUCAUACAGAUGUUCUCAUAGAAAUAAAGGAAGCAGCUGAUCAGUUAAAAGAGGAGCAGAGAUGGGUUGUCUUGCUGAUGGAUAAGAUGUCUAUUAAAUCUGAUUUGGUAUUUGAUAGACAGACAGGAAAUGUUAUUGGUUUCAUUAACAAUGCUAAUGAAGGUGGAAGUCUUUCACAGAAUGUUGCUACACAUUGUUUGGUUUUGAUGGUUGUUGGAGUGAAUAGCAAUUUAAAGUAUAGCAUUGGAUGGUUUCCUACAAAAUCAACCACAGCGACUGAUUUAUAUGCAAUAUUUUGGGAAGCUGUUGCUCAUCUUGAGACUUACUGUAAUCUGAAGGUUAUAGCUAGUACAUCUGAUAAGGCAUCUUCUAAUAUGAAAUUUAUUGGUCUUCAUGGAAAGGAUGAUAUAGUAUAUAAACAACUAAUCUAUUUUCGCCAGAUAGAGAGAUAUUUUUUCUCUCAGAUGCUCCACAUCUUUUGAAGACCAUAAGGAAUAAUCUUUCAGCUUCAGGAAAAAAAUGGUAAGAACCUCUUAUAAAGGCAUGUUGUUGAUGUUUAUGAGAGAGACAUGCAAAACGAGUUGAGCAAAGCUACAAAACUGACUUACAAUCACGUUCAUCUAACAUCAUUUUCCGUCAUGAAGGUGAACCUUGCUGCUCAGGUUUUAAGCAGAUCGGUUGGAUUGGUUAUAGAGGAAUAUGGUGGUGAAGCAGCUACAGAAACAGCAAAAUUCAUCAAACUAGUUGACCGUUUUUUUGACUGCUUAAAUGUUAGGUCUUUGUAUGAAGGUGAAAGAAAAAGGAAACCAGACUUAAUGCCAUACACAAGCGUGGAUGACCCACGAUUUCAAUUCUUAACAGAAGACUUUUUGGGUUAUCUUAGAGACUUGAAAGAUCAAGUUGACAACAGACAAGGCUUCAGCAAAACAGAAAAAUCCAAGAUGUUCUUAUCAUAUCAAUCAAAAGCUGUUGUUGAAGCCACAAAGUAUCUUAUUCAACAUGGGGUCAAAUUUGUGCUGACAAACAAAUUCUGUCAGGAUCCUGUUGAGGAACAUUUUGGCCGACAUAGGGCCUUGGGAAGACGGAGUGAUAAUCCAACCGUAUUUGAAUUUGGUUACCAAGAAAAUAAACUUCGUUUACAAAGAAGUCUAGCUCUUCAAAUAAAACCAAAUGGAAACGUAAAAAGAAGCAGCAAACAGUAUGAAAUAGAGAUUGAUGACACUCCUUUAAAGAAGAAGCGACGCAACAAGACGUCGACAGAAGCUUGUUGAGUCCAACCAUGUUCCUGCAAACCCCUCAGCCCUCGUUUUUAUACACUCACAUUUUCAUCUUACGUAUAUUGUUGUCACCCCUGUCCGUCCAUUCACAUUUUGCUUGUGGACGCUCUAUGGGUCACAAUUUUUAUUCGAUUUUGAUGAAUAAAUGUCUAAAUAAUAUCUUUUAUUUCACAUGAAAUAAAUAGAGAUGAAUGUUUUCAUGUUCAGCUUUGACUGGGGCUAAUGAAGACAGCAUACACCAGCAAUAGGCAGAUUUGGCUCUUACAUUUUUAACUAAUAAUAUUAAAAAAUACCUAGAACUACAGUAGUGGGGGCCUCACCGUACAAGUUAGAAACCAUUUUGUGGUAUCUGUAUGAUCGUAUAGGUUCAUUCUAUUUGUUGAUUGGAAUCAAAUAUCAUAAUUUUUAAAACAUUACAAAUCAGACUCAUUUGAAUAAAAUAUUUGUUUUGAAGCCUAAAAAUACAGUUUUUGCCAAAAUGACUUUACUUCCGGUGAUACUAAAAAUGUUAAAUUAGUUUUAUAACAUUAGGCAUCACAUGAUGAAAAUUUUAUGAAAAUCGAAUAAUAAUUGACACUUUUAUGGACCAAAAACCUUCAAAAGUGGGCGUAUCCUGCCUGGCAGCCACCAGCCUAUUUUUAAUUAGUAUGUGCCAUCUAUUUAUUUUGGGAUGUCAGUAGGGGGGUCAUCAGCCUCACUAUUGGCUUGUUUUUGAUAAUCGAAGAAUGUAUAAGAUCUAUAGCCGAAAAGUGUGCCUUAUGUUUUUAGUACUUGCAAUUAGCAUUAAUAUUGUUAAUGCCCAAAUUUGAUGCAGGCAUAACUAAAAAAAUUUGACUUUUAUUGUCACCAGCACCCUUUAUUAUCAAGCUUUUGUGUCAAGUUUGAAACAUAGAUGGUAAAUAAAAUUGUAUUUGUUUAGUGACUAAUAUUUAAUUUAUCACCCCAAAUACCAAUAAAGAUCAUAUCUUAUGAACAAAAUUUACAGUGCAAACUUUAAAAUGUGCAUUUUAGAGAACUGAAGGAUGUUGAGUACUCUAAAUUAAUUCAAAAUGUACAACCUUCAAAAUUUAUCAUUUAUUUUGUCAUCUUUUUUAAGUCUUUUCGUAGUCCUUUGUUGAUUUUGGAUUUCUUACCUUUACAUUCUCUCACAUAAUGUUGUAUCAUGCGCUUACAUUUGUGAUGUGCUCUUAUUAAAAAAAACAUGUCUAUGCAAAGAAUCAUACAUUCAUCUAAAUCUUUGUCUGUAAAUUGUUCUGUUUCAUUGGUAGCAUAAAAGAAAUCGCUCUUAAUUAAAUUGUUUGUCAUGCAACUGACACGGAAAUCUUUCUUUGACAAAUUCAGAUGUAUCUGUUUACCGGGAUACAUGCGUCUAAACACAUCUCUAAACCAAUGAAAAAAUCUGCAGUUUUAUUUGUAAUGUGAGUUAAACCCCCUCUAUCAAAUAAUUCAACUAAAUCAUGUUGAUUAUUAAAAUCAGUGGAACAAUAUUCACUUUUCAUGCAACUGAAUAUGUCGUAACGAUUUUUAUAAUUGAUUUCAUUAUAUUUUUUAAGAAAUUUGUGAAUGAUACUCCCACCAAUGUAAACGACAAUACUGCUCUCCUCUGAAUUCACACCCUGUACGUGAGGGUCAUUUUCACUUUGUUUGUCUAAAAUAUUUUCAAAAACUAGUGCAUUAAAAAACUUAAUACAUAGAAGUAUAAUAAAAUUUCUAUCCAAGUUAAAACGUUGAACUAAAUCUUGAGAUAUAGCUGGUAUAAUGGUAUGAAAUGUACUCCAGCUCUUUUCAGCACAUGACUCUUUAUAUGAAGAACCAGACUAAAGGAAAAGCAUUGGAUAAAACUUUUAAGUGUAAAAUAUCAAUUAGGGGAGCCACUGCAAUAGAAAAUCAAUACAAAAAGCAUAAAUUUACUUGUAAAAAGAAAAUUAAUGUUCAGUUUAUACAAAAGAAAACUAUGUGUGGGUGUAUAAUAAUUACAUGUGUACAAUUUAUAUAUUUGGCAGUUUACAUAUUUAAGUAUGUUAUAAAAUAUAUAUAAGUAUUAAACUAACACAUGCUAAAUGUAUAAUAAAAACAAUAGAAAUAUAAUAAACAUGAAACAUGAAAGUAAUUUGACCUGUAUUUUUUGAAUAAUAAAUCAAUAUAACAUUAUCAAGCAAACUGAUGUCCAUUUAAUUAAUUACCAUUGAUAUAGAUUCUCUAUUGAUUCAACUGGUAAUAUUGAGAUUAUCUGUUAUAUAUGAAGUUGUGAUAUUGUGAAACCCUAUUAAUGUUGGUCUUACGAAGUUGUGAUAUUGAGAAACCCUAUUAAUGUUGGUGUGAUAUUGUCAAACCAUUGUCAAUACAUGUAUUAUCACUGUUACUGACAAUAUCUCAGGUAUUGAUUAUC